UCUCACGAUGAAAUUCGUGCUGGUGGUGCUGUUGAUCGUGGUCCUUGCCUUGGGCGUCCGGGGAAGGCCGGAUGUGAGUUCCUUCUCCAGCUCCUCCUUCGGCGGUCACACCUCCUCCUCCACAUUCACUGGACAUAGCUCUGGCGGGUCCGGCGGCGGUGGUUACCAGCCCCCCGCUAGUAAUAGCGCUGGAGGGUACGGUUCCUCCCGUGGCACCGCAAGCGGUACGGCAACGAUAAACUUUAACUUGGGUGCGUCGAAGGGCGGCUCCCGCGGCGGAAAUGGAUAUGGAAAGUAAAUCUAUUAAACUUGACUAAGAUUAUGAAAGUUGGUAAAGAAAUGUUAAGAUUCACAUGCAGCUGUCAACAACAUUCAUUAGGAUCUAUGAAACUAAAUUAUCUAUAAGCGUAAGAAAAAAAUGAAAACAAACAAACAAUUAAAUAAUGAGUCAUCGGGUUAAGUUUCGCCAUAGUCUGUCAUUUUGUUAAGAAAAAAGCGAGUGUCUUUCAGUAUUCACUUGUACAUGCUGAAGUGUCUAUGAUGGAAUCAGAAAUUAUAGAUUUGAAGGACAUUGUUCAAAAUAUGUCUUGAUCGUUAUUAUAGGUAUGGAAGCGAAAAAGACGUGAAUUAUUUGGAUCGUUGC